AUGAAGUCACCUACUCCGGGAGAGCGCAUGCAUUAUCAUUUUCUGUCUCCACUAGAUGCUGAGUUCUUCUUCACAGAGUCUGGUAUUAAUGCGGGCAGGGUGGAUCUGGAGAUGGGCUACAACGCCUGGGAUACUACUGGCCCAGGCAACAGCAAGACGCUGCUACUGGUAGCGGUGCACAAGCAAGACUCCAGCUGGCUGGGGGACGGUGUGGUGCGCGUGAUCGAGUUGAGUGGUCGUGUUGCAGGGCGGCACCCACCGGUGGUGGUGCGCGGCGGCCCGGGCAGCGGCAAGACGCUGCUGCUGGCGGCGGUGCACCGGCAGUGCGCCGGCUGGCUGGGGGACGGCGUGGUGCGCGUGAUCGAGUUGAGUGGUCGUGUUGCAGGGCGACACCCGCCAGUGGUGGUGCGCGGCGGCCCGGGCAGCGGCAAGACGCUGCUGCUGGCGGCGGUGCACCGGCAAUGCGCCAGCUGGCUGGGGGACGGCGUGGUGCGCGUCUUCCGCGCCUGCGGCGCCACGCCGCGCUCCGCCUACAACCUGGAGCUGCUGCGCAUCCUCUGCCAGCACCUGCGCCUGCUGCUCGACCCGGCCGACGCCGACGCCGGCGCCGCGCCGCCCAUCCCCAAGGACGCCUCCUUCGACCCACUCUAUGUCAAUAACUGGUUCCAGACGCUGCUGCGGCGCUUCGAGGAGGGCGCGCCCGCGCCCACGGCCACGUCCGCGUCGCCGCCGCCGGUGCUGGUGGUGCUGCUGGACGACCUGCAGCGGCUCAACCCGCUCGACUCGGACAUCGUGGCGGCGCUGUCGUGGCUGCCCGUCAGCCUGCCGCGCCGCGUCCACGUGGUCGCCACCAGCGCGCUGCCGCCCGACCAGCUCAAGAUCACCCCACUGCAGCGCGAGCGCUUCCGCGCCUCCGACUGCUGCGUGGAGCUCCCCGGCGCUGUCGAGCCUGCAGAGCUAGAACGCCGCGUGGAGUCUUCACUGGAGCAGCUGGAGGAGCAAGUGGGCAGGCUGGCCGUGUCGCGCCUGGCGGCCUUCCUCACCGCCACGGAGUUCGGCCUCUGCGAGACGGAGCUGCUGGAGCUGCUGAUGCCCACCACGGGCGGAGCGCUCAGCCUCGCCGCGGGCCACUUCAGCUUCAGCUCCAUGUGUGCCGUGCGACGGCGCAUGGGCGACCUGUUGCAGGAGAAGCUGAUGAGCGGCCGGCUGCUGGUGUGCUGGCGCCACGAGCUAGCGCGGGAAGUGGCGCGCCGGCGGUACCUGCACUCGCAGGACGUGCUGCGCGCCACGCACGCCGAGGUGGGCAACCUCUUCUUCAGCGAGUUCUCGGGGCAGCAGGCCAGCGAGGGGGACGGCGGCGCCGAGGAGUCGGCUCCAUCGCCAACGGAAAACAAGGAAACGCCGUUUCAAACGAGUUUCCUUCCAGAUGACGUCACGUACAGCCUCAGACAUGUUGAAGAGUCUUGGAUUCACCUCCUGAAGGCUGGGGACAGCUGCAGGCUGAAGCAGCUGACGGUGUGCAACUUCGACUUCCUGCUGGCGGCGGUGCAGACGGUGUCGGUGAGCUACCUGCGCUGCGUGCUGGAGCACGUGCGCUGCUACUUGCUGGACCGCGACCUCGAGCUCGUCUACUACACCAUCCGCAAGUCCAGCGACGUGCUCACCAGGGACCCGCUGCAGCUGGGCGCCCAGGUCGUCUGCUGGCUGCGACCCGUCGCAGAUGACAGUGGAGAUCUGGUGAGUCAUAUGAUAACUGCAGCCAUGGCCUGGUGUGAUGGCUACACAGCACCAUUACUGGUCCCACUAAAUGGUUGGCUUCAACCUCCGUUACCCUUGCAGAUUAAAAGCCUGCAUUGCCCAGCUGGUGUAAAGCUGCUAGAGCCAACACCGUCUGGCCAGCACUUGGUAGUUGUCCCACACAACGGGGACCCACAGCUGUGGCAUGUCAUGUCAAACACACUCACCCACACUUUCAAAGGACACAGUGGUCCAGUAUUAUGCCUAGCAAUUACUAAACAGUCACAGUAUCUGCUAACUGGCUCAGAUGACAUCUCAAUCAUUGUCUGGGACUUGAAGUCUCUCCAACUGAAACUGAGAAUAUAUGAGCAUAUCGCACCAGUGCUGUGCCUGACCCCUGCACUCAGCAAUGCAGUCAUUGUUAGUGGUGGAGAAGACUCAAGAAUUAUCAUAACUUCACUACUGACUGGCGAUGUUGUCAUGAAGAUAGACCAUCACCGUGGUCCAGUAACUGCUGUCAAAGUCACCGCUGCGGGGGAUGUCCUCGUGUCUGGUUCCUCAGACUCAACUGUUUGUCUGUGGUCAUUAGAGAACUUCAAUUUGCUCAACUCCAUAAGCUUAGCAUCACCUGUCACAUUCCUGGAUGUGUCACUGGAUUCUGUAUUCCUUGUUGCUGCAUGUGAAGACAACCAACUGUACCUCCGUUCUCUUGCUACUGGAACGGAGAUACACUGCCUUCGAGGGCAUAAGGCAGAGAUUCGGUCUGUUUGCUUGGCUCAAGAUAAUUGCCGAGCUGUAGUAGGUGGCUCUGAUGGCAAAAUAUAUAUUUUUGAUAUGCAUAGUGGCCGUCUGAGUCGCACACUAACAAGCCAUACAACAGAAGUUUCAGGAGUGAAAGUCACGGAGAAAGAUGAUUUCCUGAUAUCUUCUGGUGGUAACAGAAUAACAUUCUGGAGCUUCCGAAGGGAUGAUGCUACGGGCCAUACUACCAGCAUCCGUAAAACUUCUCAGCACUCCCAGCAGAUGCACUCUGCAGCAAUUACUUGCUUGGAUAUAUCCCGUGAUGGCACCAUGGCUGUGACAGGUGGUGUGGACAGUUUGGUGAACAUCUGGCAGCUCAAUACUCAUGAACUCCAUUCAACCUUAGAAGGACACUUUGCUUCUGUUACUUGUGUUGCAUUUUCUCCAAAUGGACUGUUUGCUGUAUCUGGAUCAGAAGAUAAGACUGCUAGAGUGUGGGGGCUUACUUUAGGCUUAGUCGUCUCUGUAUUUAAGGGCCACCAAGCAACAAUAACAGCAGUGGCAGCCAUGAUGGACAGCCGGCGUGUAGUGACUGCUGACAGACAGGGGAUUCUUGCAGUGUGGCUCGCAGACAAUGCAACUCUGCUUCACUCCUGUGGAGGCCCGAGCCAGUGUUUGGCGAUAACUAACUCCAUGAAGUAUGUUGUAUGUGGAAAUGGAGAUACAAGUUUACGAAUAUGGGCUGUAAACAGAGAAGAUGAGCGUUACACAGUCUCUCACAGUGAAGAGAUUACCUGUUUUGUCCUAACGAUGGAUUCUCAGUACGUGAUAACAGGCUCAAGAGACAUGUCACUGAAAGUGUGGCAGGUUGCAGGAGGCAAACUAGCACAGGUUCUUGUAGGUCAUAGUGACCACGUAACAUGUGUUGCUGUAUCCAUUUUAAACAAAUCCCUUGUUGUCUCUGGAUCUCGUGAUUCAAAUCUCAUUGUCUGGGAUAUUAACACAGGCAAUGACAUUCAUAUCCUCAGUGGACAUUUGGGUUGUGUAACUACGGUGAAAGUAUCAGGAGAUGGCAGCCUGGCAGUGUCUGGUUCUGAGGAUAAGAGCAUCAUUGUGUGGGACACGAGGCGUGGACGUCCCCUCUCCUGCCUGCAACUCCAGGUGCCGAUCCUAUCUUUGGAGAUGUCUACAGACUGCUCGAGAAUUGCAGUUCACCUCCUGGAAAGCCGGCAGCUUCCCAUCAUUUGCCUGCAUAACACCCCAGCUACUUAUGUCAAGAUGCCAAGUUAUGUUGCGCCUGCGAAAGAGGUUGAAGACUUGCGACCUACUGGGCCUAAGAGACCAAUGAGAAGACUAUUGAAAAAGGAGGUCUCUCUAGACACAUAUACCUGGCAGAAGAAAUAUGGACACUUGACUUCUUCCAUAAUGAUGGCAGCUGUUGAUGAAAGACUGAAGAGGAGGUUCUCUGUCUCUGCCAGUAUGGAGGAAAUUUCCAAAAUACCAACCAAAGGUUCUACAAUGGGUUCACAACAGUGUGUGGGACCUGAGCAGGCAGCGCUUGCCCAAUCUCAGCAUUUUGAUCAGUUGGAAGCAUUGUGGAAUAAAAGGUCCCCACCAAGAAGACGUCACAAUCAGUCCUUGUCCAAGCAGAACUCUCGCUCAAGUCGGAGAGACUCUUCAGAUAAUGAUGAACGAACCCCUGGUGAGGAGAUUGUAGGUGCGUUUGGAGAUAACGAAAAGUCGACUGCAGUUAGAGAUCCACGUCUCACCCAGUCGUGUAUCACCCAAUGACAGUGGUGUUGGGGUUCCUUUUAGUGAACCCUACCAUAGUAUAUGCAUAGACAUUAAUCAGCUAGUCAGAAAAAUCCUGUAUUUUGCAUGUAUCAAAUGUGUACAUUUUUUUGUUUUUAGUUUUCAUUUAAAUACAUUUUCAUGUAUAUUUUGUUGA